GUAAUAUUUUGUAUUUUAGUAAUGUUUAAUGCAUUUUUGUAGCCAACUUCUAGCCUCUUUAUGUUAAUGACGUCAUAUAUUUUAUUUUAUAUUAGACAAUUAAGGCGCAACAGAAAGUGUACACAACUUUUUGGGGAAAGGCUUGCUUGUCGUGCACAAAGGGCGCGUGAAAAUUUGGAAUUUUGGGGUUUUUGGUGUGCCGUGGUGUUUGAUGCGAGAAACCCGAAGUACAUUUUUUUGUGAAAGAAGAAGUGCUUUUCUUAGAUGUGUGACAAUCAAGCAUAAUCGUUCAGUAUUUUGCUUGAUUUGUGUCUUACAUUUGUGGUCUUCCAAGUGUUUCAGUUCAUUGGUUCCUACAGUUUUAUAUUAAACCUGCUAAUGGUUUGUGGAUUCUGAUGUGGCGAGAUGGGAAGCUGUUUUAGCAAGGAAAAGGCUGGGAGGAGAGAUGGGUUCCCUGGGCCAGCUCCAGCUGACAGGCAUGGAAUUCACACAGCGUCACUAACAAACGUGGCCAGUACGCAUCCAAAUACGAGCAGUCAGCUUGUUCAGGAGCCCAGUGAUGCUGGAGGAAGAUACAUCACAGAGUCACGUGUGAAUGGUCCACCAUUGCCAUCUGUGCCAGAGAACAAUCCUACAGCGAUUGGCAAUCUCAAGCUGUUUGUUGCACUGUAUGAUUAUGAUGCAAGAACAGAUGAAGAUUUGAGCUUCAGGAAGGGUGACCAUCUAGAAAUAAUAAAUGAUACUCAGGGAGACUGGUGGUAUGCAAGGAGCAGAACCAAUCACCGUGAAGGUUACAUACCAUCAAACUAUGUAGCAAAAUUGAAAUCAAUCGAAGCAGAGCCAUGGUACAACGGCAAGAUCAAGAGGAUCGAGGCGGAGAAGAAGCUGCUGCUGGACGAGAACGAACACGGCGCCUUCCUGAUCCGCGACUCGGAGUCGCGCCGCAACGACUACUCGCUCUCUGUGCGCGACGGCGACACGGUCAAACACUACCGGAUCCGUCAGCUGGACGAGGGCGGCUUCUUCAUCGCGCGCCGCACCACCUUCCGCACGCUGCCCGACCUGGUGGAGCACUACAGCCGAGACGCCGACGGUCUCUGCGUCAACCUCAGGAAGCCCUGUGUUAAGAUCGAGAAGCCGGUGACGGCCGGUCUGUCGCACGACACGCGCGACCAUUGGGAGAUUGACCGAACCUCGCUCAAGUUUGUCCGCAAACUGGGCCACGGCCAGUUCGGAGAGGUCUGGGAGGGACUCUGGAACAACACCACGCCAGUCGCCAUCAAAACGCUGAAACCCGGCACCAUGGACCCGAAGGACUUCCUGGCCGAGGCGGCCAUCAUGAAGAAGCUGCGGGACGCCAAGCUGAUCCAGCUGUACGCCGUGUGCACCCUGGAGGAGCCCAUCUACAUCAUCACUGAGCUGAUGAAGAACGGCAGUCUGCUCGAGUACCUGCAGGGCAACCGCGGCAAGGCGCUGAAGCUGAACCAGCUGAUCGACAUGGCGGCGCAGAUCGCUGCCGGCAUGGCCUACCUGGAGAGCCAGAACUACAUCCACCGAGACCUGGCCGCUCGCAACGUGCUCGUCGGCGAGACCAACGUCGUCAAAAUCGCCGACUUCGGCCUGGCCCGGCUCAUCAAGGAGAACGAAUACGAGGCGCGCGUCGGCGCGAGGUUCCCCAUCAAGUGGACGGCCCCGGAGGCAGCCAACUACAGCAAGUUCUCCAUCAAGUCUGACGUCUGGUCGUUCGGCAUUCUGCUGACGGAGCUCAUCACAUACGGCCGUAUCCCCUACCCGGGUAUGACGAACGCCGAGGUGCUGCACCAGGUGGAGCACGGCUACCGGAUGCCGGCGCCGCCCAACUGCCCGCCCCAGCUGUACGACAUAAUGCUGCAGUGCUGGCACAAGGACCCCAUGAAGCGGCCCACCUUCGACACCCUCCAGUGGCAGCUGGAGGACUUCUUCUCGCAGGACUCCACCGAGUAUAAGGAGGCGGCCGGGUUCUAGGCGGCCCGCGGCUGUCGCUGAUGUGUUCACUACCAUCGCUGGUGGCGCCCGCGCCGCUGCACCCGCGGCUGGUGCUUGUCACCAGUGGAUGAGCGGUGACAGCACCUCGGUGACGGGCGCUCGUGUGCGAGCAGAGAGGACAGGAGAGGCGGCUGACCGGACCGAGCGGUCCGCGCCGCCGAGACCAAAGGAGGACCGUACUUGCCGGGAUGUGGUGCCGAGUGAGAGGGGUGAGAGAGGUCAGUACGAGCGCCGGCGCGGCUGAGAGUGUGUGAGAGAAGGUGAGCGAGUGAGAGAGUGGGUGGUCAGGCGGCGCAGUGUCUGCCCAGCUGCGAGUGUCGGUCAAUAGUCGCGUGCUGCAUCCCCUUUUGGUGCGUAUGUAGAGUGUGAGUGUGUUUUUUUUCGGUUGCUGGCGUGGUGUGGGACUUGACUCAGUCCAAAGACAGGCUCUGUUUUAUGUGCUGCGAUUGGUGCUGAGGGGAGGACGGUGCGCUACUCUGAUGUGUAGGUGUGUGAUGUGUGCUGGUGUGUGUGCGCGGCUGAGCGCCCUGUGCCGGGCCGUGAGUUUGUGCCGAGUGUGUCUGUCUGUGUGUUUUGGUACGACGUAAGAGCGGAUCCGAGGGACCGCCGCGCACACUCAGAGCCGCCGGAGCGGGGUAGGUGUGCCUCACUCCGCCGCGCUGCCCGGUGCGCCCCGACCGACCUGGCGGCCGUCCGCCGCACCGGCGCCUCAAAUCAAAUCCGCCGCGCCGCCGCCGGCGCCUGGGGGGCGCCUCCACCGGCGAGACACCGCGCGCCGCCAGACAGUUGAUUUUGUACGCAGCGCCGGCCGGCCGGCCGGAUCCCAGCCUGCUCAUUGAUUCCGCUAUCCAAGCUAUUUUUGUACAUUGCCCUUUAUAGGUGAGCGCGAUCGGAGAGCUAGAGAUCGCAGCCGACUACUGAACGGAGACUGAGUUUUAUGUAGUUAUUAUGUUGUCACUUUGGUAUUCUUUUUAUGUCGUCUAUGGGUGGCUCGGAGUUAGGUGUACCAUGUCAGAAAAGGUGGACGCGGGAGGAGGGUCGCUCUGACCACCGACCGGCCACCAGCACAUACCGUUUAUUUGUAGCUAGUUUUCCGUCGCGGCGGCGGCGGCGCCUUUGGCCGCGCCGAGGUGCUCUCGAUAUUGUCCUGUGCCGCGGCGGCCCGGCUCCGCCGCUCGACCACCCUCCGUACCCGGCUUCAGUGCUUUGGACGCCGUCGGCCGCCGGACUGUCUCCUCCGGACCCUCCGCACGGCCCGGGGACCGGAGCCGCGCCCGCCCGCCCGCCUAUCCGCCGCCUGAAUGUACCAUUACCAAUAAGGUCUCCGCGAGAGAUGAUUCCCGUCAGCCGAGUGCCGCGGACCGAUGCACCGUUUCCGCUGACUUGUCGAGUUCCUGCUCCCCUGGUCGCGUGUGUCUCUGCGUCGUCAGAGGCGAGCUGUCGUCUGUAUAGACCACUCCUGUCUGUACCAGUCUGUCUGUCUGCCCCAUCAACGCUUCUAUGAUCGCCUCUUCGUCUAUGAUCGCUCGCUACUCCGCUGUCCUGUCCUGUCCGGUUAUUUUAGCGAUAGUCCAAUAAACACGCACACAGUGCA